GCGCCCCUCGCACCCCGGAUUCCCGCUUCGUCACCCCUUUCCAGGGGCCUUCCCUUCGGGCUCGAGAAUCCUCCCCCUGCAACCUAACAACAACAAACCCCCCUCCCCCGUCUCGCCCAGUCACCGGGGAGGGGGGACCAUGUCCCAGCGGGUGAGGCGCAAUGGGUCCCCCACGCCGGCCGGCUCCCUCGGGGGCGGUGCGGUCGCCACGGCCGGGGGAGCCGGGAGCCGCCUGCAGCCCAUGAGGGCGACGGUUCCAUUCCAGCUGAAGCAGCAGCAGCAACAUGGCAGCCCCACGCGGAGCAACGGCGGCGGCGGCGGCGGCAACAACAACGGCGGCUGCUGUGGUGGCGCCUCAGGCCCCUCAGGCGGCGGCGGGGGCCCACGCACCGCCUCGCGCAGCACGAGCCCCACGCGCGGCGGUGGGAGUGCGGCCGCGCGUACCAGCCCCACGGUGGCUACGCAGACAGGCGCGUCCGGGACGUCCACGCGAGGCACCAGCCCCACGCGCGCCGCCGCGCCCGGGGCUCGCGGGAGCCCCCCACGUCCGCAGCCCCCGCCACCGCUGCUGGGCACCGUGUCGUCGCCCAGCUCGUCGCCCACCCACCUGUGGACGGGCGAGGUGAGCGCAGCCCCACCCCCAGCCCGCGUCCGGCACCGACGGAGGUCCCCGGAGCAGAGCCGAAUCUCCCCGGAGAGGAGGAGCCCGAGCGCCCCGGUUUGCAAAGCAGGUGACAAAACGCGACCGCCUUCCUCAAGCCCCUCCAGCAUUAUCCGCCGCACAUCUUCCCUGGAUACACUUGCUGCUCCGUACCUCGCCGGGCACUGGCCCCGUGACAGUCAUGGGCAAGCUGCUCCUUGCAUGAAGGACAAAUCUACACAGACAGAGAGUGCAUGGGCUGAAGAAUAUGCUGAAAAGAAGAAAGGGUCUCAUAAGCGUUCAGCAUCCUGGGGCAGUACAGAUCAACUAAAGGAGAUUGCAAAAUUACGCCAGCAAUUACAGAGAAGUAAACACAGCAGCCGGCAUCACAGAGAUAAAGAAAGACAAUCUCCAUUCCAUGGCAACCAUGCAGCUAUUAACCAGUGUCAGGCUCCCGUUCCAAAGAGUGCACUUAUUCCAGUAAUUCCCAUCACCAAAUCAACAGGUUCCCGGUUCCGGAAUAGUGUGGAAGGAUUGAAUCAGGAGAUUGAGAUAAUAAUUAAGGAGACUGGGGAAAAGGAAGAACAACUUAUACCACAAGAUAUUCCAGAUGGCCAUCGUGCGCCUCCCCCGCUUGUACAAAGAAGUAGCAGCACACGCAGCAUUGACACACAGACCCCUGGCGGGGCAGAUAGGGGGAGCAACAAUAGCAGCCGUUCUCAGUCUGUGUCUCCUACAUCGUUCCUCACCAUCUCCAACGAAGGGAGUGAGGAGAGCCCUUGCUCGGCUGAUGACCUGCUUGUUGACCCCAGGGAUAAAGAGAAUGGGAACAACUCUCCUUUGCCUAAAUAUGCAACCUCACCAAAACCUAACAAUAGUUACAUGUUCAAAAGGGAGCCUCCUGAGGGCUGUGAAAGAGUCAAAGUUUUUGAGGAAUGCUCGCCAAAACAACUUCAUGAAAUUCCAGCCUUUUACUGUCCUGACAAAAAUAAGGUGAAUUUCAUUCCCAAAAGCGGCUCUGCUUUCUGCCUCGUCAGUAUCCUCAAACCACUCCUUCCCACACCAGAUUUAACGCUCAAGGGCUCUGGCCACAGUCUGACAGUCACCACUGGCAUGACAACCACCCUGCUGCAGCCUAUCGCUGUGGCUUCACUGUCCACAAACACAGAGCAGCAAGACCGAGUCUCUCGAGGAACGAGUACAGUCAUGCCAUCGGCCUCACUGCUCCCACCGCCGGAACCAAUUGAAGAAACUGAAGGGUAGGUCCUUGUGUUGUGUGCCCGUUGCUCUGGGAAACUGAGAACCUCCUCAGCUGACUUGACUAUGACAGCAUCAUGCACUCCCAGUUGGCUGUAAAGUGCUCCAGCUUUUCACAGUGUUGAAGUACAGCUUUUGGAAAAAAGCCCCUCUGACGGUUCUGCUCACUCAUGAAGGCCAGCCCUCACUCAGUGCUUAGCCUGCUUUUUCUUUAAGCACUGACUGAAACAAGAAAGGUCUCAUUCUUUACUUUGGAGGGCCAAUGUCACUUUGGUUUUGUUUUGUUUGUUUUCAAAUUAAACUCCGUAAAAACAAAACCAGAUCCCUGCAAAUAUGGUUCCUGAGGGGACACAGGGAUGAUGCUGCAAGAACCAUCUUUUAUAUGAACAUGACUAUUUUAUGAUACCAAUGUUACAUUUUCUGAAACAAAGCCAACAGGAUAUUCAAAAGAUUCUUUGGUGGCCUCUGUUUCUUGUUUCCCUUUCUAGAUAUGUGUUUUUCUCAGCUGUUCUCAGCUUUGGGACCAAAGGGGAUUGUUGACAUUUUCCCAGCAAUCUUAAUCUCAUGACUAUGUUCUUCUCCCAAACAACAAUUGAUAGGUAAAUGCAUUGAACAAGUAUAUAUAAAGAGAUAAAAAGCAAUAUUAGUACAUUAUGUGAGUUGUGUUUUUUGAUGUCAGAAGUUUGUGCUUUGGGUGAAAUAUUUGUAAAACUGCUGUUUUUUUAAGUAUUCCUAUACACAUUUCGCUAUGUGGUCAGAAAAAUUAGUCUGGAGAAAGUGCUUUAAUAUGUUCUCAUUCAUCAUUGGAACUUGGUUUAAAAGUCAGUGAGCCGAAAAGGAACCCAGUGUUGAUUGCUGACUAGGAGUAAGGAGCCCCUUUGGUUUUCUGUGAAAUAUUUGUCACAUGAGCUUCCUUCUUUACCACAGGUGUCAUUCUACCUUUAAUCAUCACUGUAUCAUAGUUCCAAGGGAUCCUAAAAUGGCUGUGCAUGGAUUUCCUCCUUUGCUUUUGUGAUGUUGUUGUCUUGUGGAUUUGGUCAGGGUCAGUAGUUUGCCAGGAGUGUAAUCCAUUGAAUAGCAGUUUAUAGUCACAGUCUUGCUACUGACAUUUUCUUUAUGGUGGUUGGCACUAAGAUAUGUCGCCUACAGAUAUUGCUAGUUUUCCCUUCAACAUUCCAUGCAGUGGGGAAAACAGAGGAGAAGAGUUUCGGAGCAUAAACAUUAGGAAUCUUUGAAAUAUCCAUAGUUUUGGAUUUGUGCUCAUUCAUCCUAGUACAGAUCACUGCCAAUAUCACAUAACAACAGUAUUUCGUGUCAAGGUAUGUGGUAGUGAAAUUAAGGAGCAGCUCGUUUAAAAAAUGAGUUUCAGCAAACAGUAUUGAUUGAAAAAAGCAUCCUUCUAAGAUCUUCGUAUACUACCUUAUGAUGCAAUAAUUUGAAGUUCCUAUAUAUACUAUAGGGAGAAAAAAAAUGUUUUAAGUAACUUAUGAAAGGGAUACAGUUUAGAGGGUUAAUAUGUCAGUUUGUCCAGACAUAUCCCAUCAAAGAAAACCUGGUGGUAGCAAUAAAUCUUCUGAAAGGAUUUCAUAUACACAUGCACCUUUAAAACAUUAAUUAAAAAAUAUGCCAUGCUAAAUUUAAAAGAGUUGUAUUUUAAAAUGGAGAUUUAAGGACACUAGAUAAAUCCAAACACUUGAAUAAGUCUGUCAAGUUUCAGAUGGUAAGAUCGAUGAAUUCUGGUAUCUUUCCUGUCCAAAACUUUUUUACUUGAACCUUGUACAUAGUGGUUUCUAAAUCAGUAAAACCUUAGUUUUUUUUUUUUUUUUUAACCUUAGUUAUUUUGGGUCUGUAGUUUCUGGCUUAUUGGUUUUGAGAAUCUUGAUUCUUUACUGUCUUUGUUAUGCCUUUUAACAUCACCAUUUCAAUUCUAAAAACUGCUCUAAUAGAACUACAGAAAAAAAAGUAAAACAAAUCAGGUGAGUUCAUGUGAAUGGUGGAAGAAAGUUUUAAAGAAAAUACUGUUUUUUGGAUCACCUGAAUUCUGUUAAAUCUGUGUUCUUCUCCUUGCCUUAUUACCUACUUAGUCUCUUCUGUCUCCAUCCUCACAGUUAACAAGGGUUUUUACAACUUAGAAUGCCACUUUUAAGUGUUUCCUUUUACUCUUGUGCGUGUGUUUAAUACACAUUUUUUCUAUGUUUCAUUUAUCCCUAAUCUUAAGUAAUUCAAAGUCAGAAUGGAAGAAAAAAUUGAGGCUAUAAAUUUGUAAGUGGACUUCUAAUACUUGGUUGUAUAGAUAAUGCGAACUUGCAGGUAAAUGAAUUGUGCGGCAACUAAACAUGUCUCUUGGGUUUGGGAGAAUUGGGGGUUGGGAGGGAGAUGCAAGGUAUAAACAACUAAACUGCCAGUGCCAAAGGGCUAAUUUUUAAGCAUAUAAGCUUCAUCACAGCUUUGAGAAAAUACUAACCACAGGUCCAUUCAGCUCUUUCACUCAACUUUAGUUUAUUAGGUUUUUUUUUUUUUUUUCAAUGGAUCUACUCUUAGUGGAACACAUAGUAAUUGUUUUCUAAAAUUAUCUUCUGUAAUUCUGUAUUACUAUACAGAAUAACAAUUAAAAUUAUGUUAAAACAGCUUUAAUGGGAAUAUAAUUAAAUAUUUUAAAUUCUUAAUAAAUUUGUUUCCAUUGCAGUACAAGAAAAGAAUGGGUAGUGUGUAUAUUUCAGCAAAAGGAACUGUUCUCUGGUUACUCAUUUUGUCAGUCUUAAGCUAUUUUUCAUUCUUAAUGGUUUCCUUGUUGUGAUAAAACUUACAUAAAUUUACUGUUCUGAUUAUAAUUAAGUCUGUUACUUGUCAUGCUUUUAUGGAUAGUUAUGCUUUUAAAAUACCCUUUUGGAUUCUUUGGUUAAUAUGGUGAACAUAGAUGCCAGAAUUUUUUUUGAACUAGGGUCUUCAUUUAAAAAAAAAAAGUGAUUCUUACAAUAAGCCAAAUCAACCUUUUAGAAGGUGCUAUCACUAACUAUGGAGUAACUGGCAACAAGAAUGGCUUUUUUCCCCUUUUUCUUUUUAAAGGUUGACCUUUACUGAAGAAGGCAUAAUAAUAGAAUUUGUAGCUUUCUAGAAGUCCAAAAUUAGGACUGAGUUAUCAGGAUUUUCUUUUGUUCCAGAAAAUAAAAAGAAAAGUUGCCACUACUGAAUUUAUUAUAAACUUAAGGUUCAUUCCUUUAAUGCUUGGAAUUUUGAUGUCUCAAAAGCAGACCAGUGGAAGUGCUGAAUUUGCAUUAGAAAGUUAAGAAUGCUUAACUCCGCACUUUAAGGUUUAAGUUUUACUCUGCCUAAAUUAAUGAUAAGCAGAGCAGCCCUGAACAAUAUUUUGUUUAUACAAUCCUGUUGAAGAAUAUAAUUUAUGUUUUUUUUAAAGUCUGUAUCUUUCGUCUCUGUUGAAGCUAUGUAAAUCUUUUUAAAAUGGAAUUUAAAAAUUUUUUGUUUUUCUAACAAUUAUCCCCCAAACAGCAUUUCCAAUGGUGAUAAAUAUUGUUACUAUGUACUUAUGUAUUCCCUUGUAUCUGAACACUUCUUGUUGCCUCACAAGAAAAUACAGCUUUUAUGUUAAAA